UGUUAUCAGGAGAGGGAAUAUAGCUAUUGGUGUUACCAAACAUGUGUCUAAAAUGAAUCGGCCUGAAUGAGAAAACCCCAGAGAAGGUUUACCGACCAAACUCAGGGCUUUUAACUAAUUAAGGCAACAAUCCUUUCUUCUCUUCUUCCUGAGGGCUGCUUCGAGGUAGGGAAGGUGGUCUGUGUUCUUCGAAGUUGAUCACUAUCGAGAGGAAUGGCGAGUAGAAAGCUGAUUCGAGAUUUACUCAUCACAAAGCAGCCUCUCUUCCUCCAACGGAGAGUGGGCGCAAGGCUAGGGUUUAUGCCAGCCAAUGGGUUUCAUCGCCAGUUUAGUGUUUUCAGCGACUUGUCCAAGAAAAUUAGAGGGGAAGCUGAAAGCAAUCCUGAAUUUCAAAGAACAGUGAAGGAGCUUCAAGAAAAGGCACAAGAGCUUAACGGUGUCAAAGAGGACCUCAAAGUUAGAACAAAAGAAAAGACUGAGCAGCUCUACAAGCAAGUUGAUGGUGUCUGGACUGAGGCUCAAUCUGUCGCCAAAAUGGUGUCUUCAAGUGUGAAAGACAAGUUCUCCGCAGCCACAGAAGAGGUCAAGGAGUCAUUCAAGCUCGGUAAGGAGGAGUCAGCAGGCACAGGAACCUCUAAAGAGGAAAACCAGCAGCAAUCUGGCACUGCUGAGGGAGUUCAAAAUACAUUAUUUGAAAAAUUCAAGUCGAGCAUGUCUUCUCCCCUUGACUUAGCGAGGAAGGGACUUGACAUUGUGAAGGAUGAAUUGCGAGGAGGCUCGUCUAGAAAAAAGCACCUGGAAUACACACCUCCCCCGCCAUUUACUGGUGUGAGAAGUACAAGAACGGAUCUGGUGGUCACUCCAACAAAACAGUCCAAGUUGCAACAAAAGUGGGAUUCCUUAAGAGAAAAGAUGCAAGCUCAUCCUGCUUUUAAACGUCUAAGUGGGAUGAGUGAGCCUGUUGUCAACAAGACCCAAGAGAUUGCAGAAGAUGUUGUGGAAAGAUGGGAAACCAGCGACAACCCCAUUGUUCACAAAAUUCAGGAGUAUGCUCUAAUUGUCCACACUUCUUUUAAUAAUGAACAUACUUAUAUAUAUGUGUUUGUGUUUGGCAGCUUAAAUGAGGCAGUGUUUAACGAGACAGAUUGUGGAUCAACUUACAAAGAGAUACGCCGCCGAGAUCCAUCCUUCUCCUUGCCGGACUUUGCUGCAGAAGUUCAUGAAGCCAUCAGACCAGUCCUGAGUGCAUAUAGCAAGGGAGAUGCUGAGGCUUUGAACAAGUAUUGCAGCACGGAAGUGAUUGAACGGUGCACGGCAGAGCGCGCAGCUUUAAAAAGCCAUGGUCUUUUUUUCGAUCACAAGAUUCUACAUAUAUCGGAAGUAGAAGUCGAAGAGACAAAGAUGAUGGGAACUACCCCCAUAAUCAUCGUCAGGUUCCAAACGCAAGAAAUCUUCUGUGUUCGUGACAAGAAUGGCAAAAUCAAAGAAGGAGGCCAGGACACGAUACACUCGGUGUACUACAAGUGGGCAAUGCAACAAGUGGAGGCAGGGGAAGAAUCUAUGUAUCCUAUUUGGAGGCUCAGGGAUGUACAUAAACUUGGUGCUGCUCAAGCUCUCAUUUAAAAUUUUGGUUUUAUCUACUU